UUUUCCUUUCGCGCAAGCAAAGCCAACGACAGGAAAUCGAAAUCGGAACCCUAACCAGAAGAAGAAAACCAUCAGAAACAGGGGAGACGUGUUUGAUAUUGGCUGUAUUCCCCGGCGCCGACUUCUCUCUGAUUAAUUAAUCCUAAAAUGCGGUGAACUUCUCUCCGCUACAAUCGAUCGUUCUUUUUGAUUUUUGUCGGAGAAAUGGAGUCUCCGUCGGUGGCGGACCCGCUCGUCCUCGAAGAUUUCGGCCAGAAGGUCGAUCUGACCCGGCGGAUCAGGGAGGUGCUGCUCAAUUACCCCGAGGGGACGACGGUGUUGAAGGAGCUCAUACAGAACGCUGACGACGCCGGCGCUACCAGGGUCCGCUUGUGCUUGGACCGGAGAGUGCAUCCCUCUGCGUCGCUCUUGUCGGACAAGUUGGCUCAGUGGCAGGGACCGGCUCUGUUGGCUUACAACGACGCACAGUUCACAGAGGAGGAUUUCGUCAGUAUUUCGAGGAUUGGAGGGAGCAAUAAGCACGGCCAAGCUUGGAAAACUGGUCGUUUUGGGGUUGGCUUCAACUCGGUGUACCAUAUAACUGAUUUACCCUCUUUUGUAAGUGGUAAAUAUGUGGUUCUGUUUGAUCCUCAGGGUGUUUAUCUUCCUAAUGUCUCGAUGGCAAAUCCUGGAAAGCGGAUAGAUUUUGUCACUUCUUCGGCUAUCUCAUUUUACGAAGACCAGUUUCUGCCAUACUGUGCUUUUGGCUGCAACAUGAAAGUUCCUUUCCCUGGAACUUUAUUCCGCUUCCCAUUGAGGAAUGAAGAUCAGGCAGCUAGUAGUAAGCUCUCCAAGCAAGUUUACUUGGAAGAAGACAUUUCUUCCAUGUUUGUUCAGCUUUAUGAGGAAGGAGUUUUUACACUACUUUUUCUUAAAAAUGUACUCUCUGUUGAAAUGUACAUAUGGGAUGUUGGGGUCCCUGCUCCAAGGAAGAUCUAUUCAUGCUCCAUUAACUCAGUAAAUGAUGACACUGUUUGGCAUCGGCAAACACUACUGAGAUUAUCGAAGUCCAUAAAUUUUUCUGAUCCUGUGAUUGAUGCCUUUACUUUGGACUUUUUGAGUGAGGCAGUAAUUGAUUCCCAUUCUCAGAAGAGGGUAGAUACUUUCUAUAUAGUGCAAAAAAUGGCUUCUCCAACCAGUAGAAUUGGUGCCUUGGCCGCUACUGCAUCCAAAGAUUAUGAUAUUCACCUGUUACCUUGGGCAUCAGUUGCAGCGUGCAUUUCUGACAAUUCAUCUCAUGAUGAAAUCCUUAAGCUUGGACGGGCAUUUUGUUUCCUUCCUUUGCCUGUACAAACUGGAAUGACUGUGCAUGUUAAUGGAUACUUUGAGGUUUCAUCAAAUCGUCGUGGCAUUUGGUAUGGUGAUGAUAUGGACAGAAGUGGAAAAAUUCGUUCUCUCUGGAACAGGUUUCUUUUAGAAGAUGUUGUGGCCCCUACUUUUGCACAAUUGUUGCUUGGUGUGCAAAGAUUGCUGGGCCCAACAAAAUUCUAUUAUUCUUUGUGUCCCAGUGGCUCCUUUGAAGAACCAUGGAGUGUUUUAGUUGAGCAUAUUUACCGGAACAUUAGUGAUGUUCCUGUCUUGUAUUCAGACCUUGAAGGGGGACAAUGGGUUUCACCAAUGGAAGCUUUUCUUCAUGAUGAGGAGUUCUCAAAUAGCAAGCAACUUGGGGAGGCUCUCGUGGAGCUGGGAAUGCCUGUUGUUCAUGUGCCUAAGGUUUUAUUUGACAUGCUUCUGAAAUCUUCUAGUGGUUUUCAGCAGAAAGUGGUUACUUCUGAUUCAGUGAGACAUUAUCUUAGGGAAUGCAGAAGUCUAAUUUCUCUGAGCAGAUCAUACAAGCUGGUAUUGUUGGAAUAUUGUCUUGAAGACCUGCUUGAUGCUGAUGUUAGUACACAUGCAUUUAACCUGCCUUUGGUCCCUUUGGCAAAUGGCAACUUUGGGUUGUUUUCUGAAGGCUCCACAGGACUUUGUUAUUUUAUCUGCAAUGAGUCGGAAUACAAGCUUCUUCAACGGGUCUCAGAUAGGAUAAUUGAUCACAACAUUCCUUGCAACCUGUUUGGCCGGCUAUCAGCCGUUGCGAAGGCCUCAAAUUCGAAUCUUAUUGUUUUCAAUGUUAAUUACUUCCUCCAAAUUUUCUCUAAAUUUGUACCUGCAGACUGGAAAUAUAAAAGCAAGGUAGUUUGGGAUCCGAUGUCUAAUUCAAAUCAUCCAACUUCACCAUGGUUUAUGCUUUUAUGGCAAUAUCUUAGAGAUAGGUGUGAAAAGUUGUCUUUAUUUGGUGAUUGGCCUAUCAUACCGAGCCUUUCUGGGCAUCUACAUAGACCUUCAUUACAAUCAAAGCUGUUGAAUGUUGAAAGGUUGUCUGAAAAGAUGAAAGAUGUUCUUAUUAAAAUGGGAUGCAGCAUUCUAGACAACAGUUAUGGUGUUGAGCAUCCAGAGUUGUCUUAUUAUGUGAAUGAUGCCGAUGCUGCUGGUGUUUUGGUAUCAAUUUUUGAUGUUGUCUCUUCAGGUAAUAGCAUCUCACAAAUGUUCCAUUAUGUUAAAAUGGAAGAAAGGGAUGAGCUACGCCACUUUCUUCUAGAUCCAAAAUGGUAUAUUGGAAAUCAUAUGACUAAUUCUGACAUAUGGAGUUGCAAGAAGCUGCCUAUUUUUAGAGUCUAUGGUGGUCAGUCUGCUCAAACUAUACAAUAUUCAGAUUUGGAAAACCCUCCUAAAUACUUACCUCCAUCAGAUGUUCCCAAGUCCUUCCUUGAUGUGGAAUUUGUUUGCAGUUCGUCAAAUAGUGAAGAAGAGGUUUUAAAUAAAUAUUAUGGAAUUAAGCAAAUGAGGAAGGCGAGUUUCUAUAAGCAGCAUGUGCUACACAGAGUUGGGACUUUGCAACCUGAGGUUCGUGAUGGUGUCAUGCUAUCAGUUCUACAGGAGUUACCUCAGUUAUGCAUUGAGGAUGCAUCUUUGAGGGAGUAUUUGAGAACUCUGGAUUUUGUGCCAACAUCUAGUGGUUUGUUGAAAUCACCUCCUAAUUUAUAUGAUCCUCGUAUUGAAGAAUUAUAUGCUCUAUUAGAAGAUUCUGAUAGUUUCCCUAGCGGUAUUUUUCAAGAGCCAGGCAUUUUGGACAUGCUACAAGGUUUGGGACUUAGGAUGACCGUGUCUCUUGAAACAGUCAUACACAGUGCUCGACAGGUAGAGCAGUUAAUGCACGAGGAUCAACAAAGGGCAUAUUCAAGAGGCAAAGUUCUUCUUUCCUAUCUAGAAGUAAAUGCAUUGAAGUGGCUACCUAAUCCACCAAAUGCUGAUAAAGGAACAAUGAAUAGAGUGCUAUCACGAGCAACAACUGCACUCAGACCUCGCAACUUGAAAUCUGAUACAGAGAGAUUCUGGAAUGAUCUUAGGAUGAUUUCCUGGUGCCCUGUGCUUAUUUCUCCCCCUUAUCAAGCAUUGCCAUGGCCUGCCGUGUCAUCUAUGGUUGCUCCUCCAAAGCUUGUAAGAUUGUAUACAGAUUUGUGGCUUGUUUCAGCAAGUAUGAGGAUACUUGAUGGAGAAUGCUCUUCCACAGCUUUGUCACAGCAGCUUGGGUGGUCAUCUCCUCCUGGAGGCAGUGUAAUUGCUGCACAACUGCUUGAGCUUGGAAAAAAUAAUGAAAUUGUAACAGAUCAGGUGUUUCGGCAGGAGCUGGCCCUAGCAAUGCCAAGGAUAUACACCAUCUUGAUGGGCAUUGUUGGUUCAGAUGAGAUGGAUGUCGUUAAAGCUGUUCUAGAAGGAUGCCGAUGGAUUUGGGUAGGAGAUGGAUUUGUGACCUCUGAUGAGGUUGUCCUUAAUGGUCCUCUUCAUUUGGCUCCAUAUAUACGUGUUAUACCUGUUGAUUUAGCAGCUUUUAGGGAUUUAUUUUUGGGGCUUGGCAUCCGAGAAUUCUUGAAACCCAGUGAUUAUGCCCAUAUACUGUCCAGAAUGGCUAUGAGAAAAGAUUCCACUCCCCUUGAUGCACAGGAAAAUAGGGCCGCCUUGUUGAUUGCUCAACACCUGGCUGAAGUUCAGUUUGACGAACAGCAAAUUAAGAUUUACCUACCGGAUGUCUCGGGCAGACUGAUCUUAGCUACUGAUUUAGUUUAUAAUGAUGCUCCCUGGUUGCUUGCAUCAGAAGAGCCUGAUAGGUCAUUUGGAAAUGGAACUGCUGUGGCUUUAAGUGCAAGGAGAGCUGUUCAAAAGUUUGUGCAUGGAAAUAUAUCUAGUGAUGUAGCAGAGAAGCUUGGUGUCCGUUCGCUUCGGAGGAUGUUGCUUGCUGAGAGUGCUGAUUCAAUGAAUUUAAGUUUGUCAGGUGCAGCUGAAGCAUUUGGACAGCAUGAAGCCUUGACAACUAGACUUAAACAUAUACUUGAAAUGUAUGCAGAUGGACCUGGGAUUCUCUUUGAACUUGUGCAGAAUGCAGAGGAUGCUAGGGCUUCUGAAGUAAUUUUUCUUUUGGAUAAAACUCAGUAUGGGACCUCAUCAGUUCUCUCUCCUGAAAUGGCAGAUUGGCAGGGUCCUGCUUUAUACUGUUUUAAUGACUCUGUUUUCAGCCCCCAAGAUUUAUAUGCGAUCUCGCGUAUAGGUCAAGAGAGUAAACUAGAAAAGCCUUUUGCAAUUGGAAGGUUUGGGCUAGGAUUUAAUAGUGUUUAUCACUUCACAGAUGUCCCAACAUUUGUCUCUGGGGAAAACAUUGUCAUGUUUGAUCCUCAUGCUUGUUACUUGCCUGGAAUCUCUCCAUCUCACCCAGGCCUCCGAAUAAAAUUUGUAGGGAGAGAGAUCUUGGAACAGUUUCCCGAUCAGUUUUCUCCUUUCCUGCACUUUGGUUGUGACUUGCAGCAUCCAUUUUCUGGCACCCUCUUUCGUUUUCCCCUCAGAAGUGGCAGUGUUGCUUCCCGGAGCCAAAUAAAGAAAGAAAGUUAUGCACCUGAAGAUGUCAUCUCACUCUUUUCUUCAUUUUCUGAGGUUGUUUCUGAGACACUCCUAUUUCUACGGAAUGUGAAAACUAUCUCUCUUUUUGUCAAGGAAGGAGCUAGCAGCGAAAUGCAACUUUUACAUCGAGUGUCUAAGUACUCUGUUAAUGAUCCUGAUGCUGAAGCCAGUAAGCUUCACAAUUCGUUUAGCCUUAUGUAUGGGAAUCAACAAGACGGAGUGGAUAAGGACCAGUUGCUUAACAAUGUGAGCCAAUCUGGGAACACAGUUUUAUCAUGGAAAUGUCAAAAGAUUGUGGUGAGAGAGCAAAACCCAUCUGGUUCAAGGUCACACCUGUGGGUAACCAGUGAAUGUCUAGGAAGUGACCGUUCUAUGAGUAAAUCUGCAAACACUGACAAGAAAUCUAAUAAAUUUACUCCUUGGGCUUCUGUUGCUUCAUAUGUACACUCUAUGAAGAUUGAUCCAGAAUCUAGUGGUGUUCCCAUUUCUGAGGAACCUUAUAUUAUUACUCCUGACAUAAUUCAAGUUCCCUUCACUUCUGUUCAAGAUAGGAAAACUUUUGAAGGUCGUGCCUUCUGCUUUCUACCACUUCCUAUAAGCACUGGUCUUCCUGUGCAUGUUAAUGCAUAUUUUGAGUUGUCAUCAAAUCGGAGGGAUAUUUGGUUCGGCAAUGACAUGGCAGGAGGAGGGAAGAAACGCUCAGACUGGAACAUUUACCUUCUUGAAGAUGUGGUUGCCCCAGCCUAUGGUCACUUGCUUGAGAAAGUUGCAUUUGAAAUUGGUCCAUGUGAUUUGUUCUUUUCAUUUUGGCCAACCAUGAUAGGAUUAGAACCUUGGGCAUCAAUGGUGCGGAAACUCUACCUUUUUAUUGCUGAUUUUGGACUCCGGGUAUUAUAUACAAAAGCUAGAGGGGGACAGUGGAUUUCAACCAAACAGGCUAUUUUUCCUGAUUUUACUUUUCACAAGGUUAAUGAACUUGUUGUGGCAUUAUCAGAAGCUGGUUUACCUAUAGUGACUGUUUCUAAGCCAGUAGUUGAGAAAUUUAUGGAGUUCUGUCCUUUUCUGCAUUUCCUUACACCUCAGUUACUAAGGCCUCUGCUGAUUCGGAGGAAGCGUGAAUUCAUGGACAGGGAUUCAAUGAUCUUGACCCUUGAGUAUUGCUUACAUGAUAUUACAGUUGCUAGUCAGCGUGAUAGUUUGUGUGGUUUACCUUUGCUACCUCUUUCUAAUGGUUUAUUCACGACCUUUGAGAAAAGGGGAGUGGGUGAAAGAAUAUAUAUUGCAUGUGGAGAUGAGUAUGGUCUUCUUAAAGAUUCAGUCCCUCAUCAGCUUGUAGAUGCUGGGAUACCUGAUACUCUUCAGGAGAAGUUAUGUGAUCUAGCUCGAAGUGAGGAUUUCAAUAUGUCUUUUCUGACAUGCCAUUUACUUGAAAAGCUCUUUUUGAGGCUUCUUCCACCAGAAUGGAAGCAUGCUAAGCAAGUAACUUGGGCCCCUGGUCUUCAAGGCCAGCCUAGUUUGGAAUGGAUGAGGCUAUUAUGGAGUUACCUGAAGUCGUCUUGUGAUGACCUUUCAAUAUUUUCUAAAUGGCCUAUUUUACCAGUUGGAAACAAUUAUCUUCUGCAACUUGUUGAGAAUUCAAAUUUGAUUGAAGAUGAUGGGUGGAGUGAGAACAUGUCUUCUCUUUUGGUCAGAGUAGGUUGUGCAAUCUUGAGGAGUGACUUUGUAAUAGAUCAUGCCCAAUUGAAAUUAUAUGUGCAGCCCCCCACAUUAAGUGGUGUAUUAAAUGCCCUUGUGGCAGUUGCAGGUACGCCAGAGAAAAUUGAGGGGCUCUUCAAAGAAGCAUCGGAGGGUGAACUGCAUGAACUUAGAAGUUUUAUUCUCCAGUCCAAGUGGUUCAAUGAAGACUCUAUGGAUAGCAUGCACAUUGAUAUCAUCAAACAUCUUCCUGUGUUUGAGACCUUCAGGAAUAGAAAAUUAGUUUGUCUGAGUAAGCCUACUAAAUUGCUCAAACCAGCUGGUAUACGUGAGGAUCUUUUGGAUGAUAACUUUGUGCGAGCUGAAUCAGACAAAGAAAGAAUCAUUUUAAGAAAUUAUUUAGGAAUAAGUGAACCUCCAAGGGCAGAUUUCUACAAAGAUUAUGUACUCAAUCGAAUGCCUGAAUUUGUAUCUCACCAGGAAUCUCUUUUGACCAUUUUACGGGAUGUUAAGCUUUUGAUCAAAGAGGAUAGCUCUAUCAAUGCAGCACUUUCGGCUACAGCUUUUGUGUUAGCGAACAAUGGAUCUUGGAAGGAGCCAUCCAGGCUGUAUGAUCCUCGCAUUCCUGAGCUACAGAAGGUGCUGCACAGGGAAGUUUUCUUUCCCGCUGAACAAUUUUCUGAUCCAGAAACUCUGGAGACUCUAGUUAACCUUGGACUUAGACAAAAUUUGGAUUUUAGGGGUUUGCUUGAUUGUGCUAGGUCAGUUUCUAUUCUAAAUGAGUUGAAUGACUCUGAAGCAGUCCAUUAUGGUCGGAGGCUACUUGUUUUUUUCGAUGCAAUAGCAUUCCACCUCUCAGCUCAGGAAGACCAGGGCAACCAUGACGUGCUUGGAACUGUCCUGGGAUGUCAAAAUAGCAAUGUCGAUGGUGAAGCAGAGAUGUAUGUUCCGGAGAUAUCUGAGAACUGCUUUCAAGAUGAGCUGGAUAUUGACUCAUUUAUAGGCAACUUAAUGGGUGAUAAGCCAGGAGAAGAAUUUUGGUCAGAACUGAAAGCCAUUGCCUGGUGUCCUGUUUAUACCAGUCCACCUUUACAAGGACUUCCUUGGUUAGUAUCAGAACGUCUGGUGGCAGCUCCAGUAAAUGUGAGACCUAAAUCACAGAUGUGGAUGGUUUCAUCUAAAAUGAAUAUAGUGGAUGGUGAAUGCCGCUCAACAUACCUACAGCAUAAACUUGGUUGGUUGGAUCUCCCAAGUAUAGAUGUUUUGUCCACACAAUUGAUUGGUCUGUCCAUGUCCUAUACCCAGCUGAAGUCAUGUUCUAUGGUGGAACCUGGUUUUGAUUCUGCACUUCAGAAGGAACUUCCAUUACUUUAUUUGAAAUUGAAAGAAUAUGUUGGUGUGGAUGAUUUUAUGAUUCUAAAAUCUGCUUUGAAUGGUGUUUCUUGGGUUUGGGUUGGAGAUGAUUUUGUGUCCCCAAAUGCACUUGCAUUUGAUUCCCCCGUGAAAUUUAGUCCUUAUUUGUAUGUGGUACCAUCCGAAUUAUCAGAGUUCAGAGAUUUGCUUUUGGCUUUGGGUGUUAGACCCAGUUUUGAUGCUCUUGACUAUCUCCGUGUGCUACGGCAGUUACAGGUGGAUGUGAAAGGCUCUGGACUUACAUCUGAUCAAUUGAAUUUUGUCACCUGUGUCCUAGAAGCUGUUGCUGACUGCUACUCUAAUGAGCCUUCUUUUGAGGUUUCUGAUACUCCACUACUGAUUCCAGAUUCUUUUGGCAUCCUAAGGUCUGUGGUAGACCUUGUGUACAAUGAUGCACCAUGGAUGGAGAACACUGUUGUUGGGAAACAUUUUGUACAUCCAAGUAUCAAUAAUGAUCUGGCUAUUAGGUUGGGAGUUCAAUCACUUCGUUGCCUCUCUCUGGUUAGCGAAGAAAUGACUAAGGAUUUGCCAUGCAUGGACUAUGCUAGAGUAUCUGAGCUUCUGGAAUUGCAUGGGAACAGGGGGUUUUUGUUGUUUGAUCUUCUAGAGUUGGCAGAUUGCUGUAAAGCGAAGAAGUUUCACCUAAUCUUUGACAAGAGGGAACAUCCAAGGCAAUCUUUGUUGCAGCACAAUCUAGGUGAGUAUCAAGGGCCUGCCCUCUUAGCUGUCCUGGAAGGGGUAAGCUUGAGCAGGGAGGAAUUAAGUAACCUUCAGUUUCUUCCUCCAUGGAGGUUGCGUGGUGAUACUCUCAACUAUGGCUUGGGACUGCUUAGCUGCUUCUAUGUCUGUGAUCUCCCAUCAGUUUUAUCUGGUGGCCACCUCUACAUGUUUGAUCCUCGUGGUUUGGCCUUUGCUGUGCCCUCAUGUAGUGGUCCUGCAGCCAAAAUGUUUUCCUUGAUAGGUACUAAUUUGACUGAGCAAUUUCGCGAUCAAUUUAAUCCUUUAUUGGUUGGACAAGGUAUGCCAUGGUCAUCAUCAGAGUCUACUGUUAUCCGCAUGCCUCUUUCUUCUGAGUUAAUGAAAGAUGGACUUGAGUGUGGAUUGAAGAGGAUACAACAGAUAUUUGAGAAAUUCAUGGAGCAAGGUUCUAGAAUACUUUUAUUCUUAAAGUCAGUUUUGCAGGUGACACUAUCGACAUGGGAGGAAGAAAGCCCACAGCUUCGCCAUGAUUACACACUUUAUGUUGAUUCAUCUCAUGCAAUUUUGAGAAAUCCAUUUUCAGAAAAGAAAUGGAGAAAAUUUCAAAUAUCUAGAUUAUUUAGUGGCUCAAAUGCUGCAACCAAGUUGCAUAUAAUUGAUGUGAACUUGUGGCAAGGGGGAACUAGAGUCGUUGAUCAAUGGCUUGUUGCACUUAGCCUCGGUUCUGGGCAAACUAGGAAUAUGGCCCUUGAUAGACGGUAUCUGGCAUACAACCUUACACCCGUUGCUGGAGUUGCAGCGCAUAUAUGCAGAAAUGCCCAACCUACUGAGGCUUGUUGGUCAAGCUCCCUUUUGUGCCCUCUUCCUUUAAGUGGUGGUAUAAACAUACCUGUCACAAUUCUUGGCUGCUUCCUUGUUCGUCACAACCGAGGCCGUUACCUCUUCAAAUACCAAAAUAUUGAAGCGUUGGCUGAGGCACAGCUUGAUGCAGGAAAUCAUUUGAUAGAAGCUUGGAACAGAGAGCUGAUGUCUUGUGUCCGUGACUCCUAUAUUGAAAUGGUGUUGGAAAUGCAGAAGUUAAGAAGAGAACCAUUGAAUUCUACUCUGGAGUUCAGUUUGGGUCAUGCAGUUGGUGUGGCUUUAAAUGCCUAUAUUGAUCAAUAUUCUUUUUGGCCCAGGUCUAAUGGUCACAUGCAGAUUAAUCAAUCAGGUGAUGAUGGUAAGUUAUUUCCAAGUAACAAGCUUAUGGCAGAUUGGGAAUGUGUUAUUGAACAAGUAAUCAGGCCUUUCUAUGCUCGUCUUGUUGAUCUCCCAGUGUGGCAACUGUACUCUGGAAAUCUUGUGAGGGCUGAAGAGGGUAUGUUUCUUUCACAACCCCGAAGUGAUGUGCGUGGGAAUGUGCUACCAGCCACAGUUUGUGGCUUUGUGAAGGAACAUUAUCCAGUGUUUUCAGUGCCAUGGCAAUUAGUGACUGAAAUCCAGGCUGUUGGAGUUGUGGUUCGAGAAAUCAAACCUAAGAUGGUGCGGGACCUUCUUAAGGUUUCUUCAACAUCUAUUAUUCUUCGAUCUAUUGAUACUUUUCUAGAUGUGCUUGAAUAUUGCUUGUCUGAUCUUCAAUUAGACGAUGAAUCUAGUUCAGUGCAACCUGAUGCAUUGUCAGACAAUUUUAGCUCUGAUUUUAUGUAUAACUUUGGCAAAGAAGAGGGAAGCAGUUCUGGUUCUGUAUCAAUUCGAGAAUUGCAGAAACUGCAUGGGAUGUCUACCCAAAGUUCUGCCAGUUCAAAAGGAGAUGCACUUGAGAUGAUGACAAGUUUGGGCAAGGCUUUAUUUGAUUUUGGCCGUGUAGUUGUUGAAGAUAUUGGUAGGGCAGGUGGUCCCUUGGUUCUGAGGAACAAUGUUGCAGGUACCAGCAUUGACAGUGUGAGGAGGAGUGGGGACCAGAAACUUCUACUCAUCGCUGCUGAGCUCAAAGGGUUACCAUGUCCAACUGCAGCAAAUCAUCUAAUAAAGUUGGGAUUUACCGAAGUUUGGGUUGGAAACAAGGAUCAACAAGCACUGUUGUCUUCAGUAGCAGCAAAAUUUAUCCAUCUGAAAGUACUCGACAGAUCAAUCUUGGCUGAUAUUUUAUCUAACCGCAGUCUUCAAGGCUUACUGAAACUUCAAAAUUUCUCUCUUCACUUGCUGGCUAAUCAUAUGAGACUAAUUUUUCAUGAAAAGUGGGUGAAUCAUGUCAUGUGCCCAAAUAUGGCUCCUUGGUUUUCAUGGGAAAGCACUGCAAGUUCUGGUGGUGAAGGAGGCCCUUCUCCUGAAUGGAUAAGACUCUUUUGGAAAAAUGUCACUGGCUCAUUGGAAGACCUCUCGCUUUUUGCUGACUGGCCUCUUAUUCCUGCUUUUCUUGGUAGGCGAGUCUUAUGUCGUGUAAAGGAACGCCAUCUGGUUUUCAUUCCACCCUCCAUUACUGAUCCAGACUCUGUUGGUGCUGCCACUGAAAUGGGCACAUCAGAAGGUGAUCUGGCUGAAUUAUCUUCUGAAUCUGAGUCCAUCCACCCCUUUAUUUUAGGUUUUGAAGUUGCCAAAAAUAGAUACCCUUGGUUGUUAUUAUUGUUGAACCAGUGCAACAUUCCUAUAUUUGAUGCCACUUUCAUGGAUUGUGCUGCUCCAUGUAAUUGUUUACCAGCCCCUGGGCAAUCACUAGGGCAAGUUAUUGUGUCCAAACUGGCUGCAACUAAACAUGCUGGAUACUUCCCUGAACUCACUUCAUUUUCAGCUGCCGACUGUGAUGAACUACUCAUCCUUUUGGCUUCCGAUUUUUCUUCAAAUGAAUCAGGAUAUGUGAGAGAAGAACUAGAAGUGUUAUGUGAUCUGCCUAUAUUUAGAACAGUUAUCGGAUCUUAUACCAGACUGCAAACUGGAGAUCAGUGCUUGAUCUCUUCAAAUUCAUUCCUCAAGCCAAACGAUGAGCAUUGCCUUUCUUAUUCUACGGAUUCCAUGGAGAGUUUACUACUCCAAGCCCUUGGGGUCCCUGUUUUGCAUGAUCAACAGAUUUUUAUUAGGUUUGGCUUACCUGGCUUUGAAGGGAAACCUCAGUCUGAGCAAGAGGAUAUUUUGAUAUAUCUGUAUACAAAUUGGGAUGAGCUUCAACUGGAUUCUUCUGUUGUUGAAGCCUUGAGGGAGACCAAGUUUGUAAGAAAUGCUGAAGAAUCUUCUGAAGUGCUAUCUAAGCCCAAGGAUCUGUUCGAUCCUGAUGAUGUUCUAUUGACAUCUGCUUUCUCUGGUGAGACAAAGAAAUUUCCUGGAGAAAGAUUUGGUACAGAUGGAUGGUUGCGUAUACUACGGAAAACAGGCCUCCGAACUGCUUCCGAAGCAGAUGUGAUACUAGAAUGUGCCAGGAGAGUGGAAUCCCUUGGAUGUGAAUUUUUGAAAUCUAGAGGUGUUACUGAUGAUUUUGAGACAGACUUAUCAAGCUCUCAGGAUGAAGUUCUUCUGGAGAUAUGGUUGUUGGCUGAAUCUGUUGUGAAAGCUAUAUUCUCAAAUUUUGCAGUCUUUUAUAGCAGUAACUUCUGUGAUAUCCUGGGCAAAAUUGCAUGCAUACCUGCUGAAAAGGGGUUUCCAGAUGUAGGCGGCAAGAAAGGUGGGAAGAGAGUGCUAUGUUCAUAUAGUGAGGCCAUUUUAUUGAAGGAUUGGCCGCUAGCUUGGAGUUGCGCUCCCAUUCUCUCUAGACAGACUGUUGUACCGCCUGAGUACUCUUGGGGAGCACUGCAUCUAAGGAGCCCUCCAGUGUUCUCUACUGUUUUGAAACACUUGCAGGCAAUUGGGAGAAACAAUGGUGAAGACACUCUCGCUCACUGGCCAAAUACAUCUGGCUUAAUGACUAUUGAAGAAGCUUCUUUGUUGGUCUUAAAGUAUCUAGACAAGGUCUGGGGUUCUCUCUCUUCUUCAGAUAUAAAAGAGUUGCAGAGAGUUGCAUUCAUGCCUGCUGCAAAUGGGACACGCCUGGUUACAGCAAGCUCUCUUUUUGCACGUCUGACAAUAAACCUCUCCCCAUUUGCAUUUGAACUCCCCAGUCAGUAUCUCCCUUUUGUUAAGAUUCUUAAAGAGAUUGGGCUUCAAGACAUGCUAUCUGUUGCUUGUGCAAAGGAUCUUCUCUCAGAUCUUCAGAGAGCUUGUGGGUAUCAGCGUCUAAAUCCAAAUGAACUCCGUGCUGUGAUGGAAAUUCUUCAUUUUGUCUGUGAUAAAACCAUUGAGGUAUCAGAUAGGUCCAAUUGGGUAUCAGAAGCAAUUGUCCCAGAUGAUGGGUGUAGACUUGUUUAUGCAAAAUUGUGUGUAUAUGUUGAUUCUUAUGGGUCCCAUUAUAUCAAAUAUAUUGACACUUCUAGGCUAAGGUUAGUUAACCCAGACCUUCCUGAGAGAAUAUGUAAAAUUCUGGGGAUCAAGAAGCUAUCUGAUGUGGUUGUAGAGGAAUUAGAUCAUGGGCAGAAGCUAGAGACUUUGGAGCAGAUCGGCUCAGUUCUGCUUACGUCCAUCAGAAAAAGGUUGUUGAGCAAGUCGUUUCAGGCUGCAGUAUGGGAUGUUGUCAACAGUAUGAACAGUGAAAUUGCAGACUUUGAUGGUCUAGAUUUGGACAAGAUGCAGACCUCACUCAUGUUUGUUUCAGAGAAAUUGCAGUUUGUUCAGCGCCUUCACACGCGUUUUAUGCUUUUUCCCAAGUCUUUAGACAUUACCCGUGUAGCAAAGGAAUUGAUCUGUCCAGAGUGGGAUGAUGGAUCCCAACAUCGAAGACUUUACUUUGUUGACCGUCUGAAUACCUGUAUGUUGCUUGCUGAACCACCAAGUUAUAUAUCCGUUCUAGAUGUUCUUGCAAUUGUUGUAAGCCAGGUUUUAGGGUCACCAGUUCCACUACCUAUUGGAUCUCUGUUUAUAUGUCCUGAAGGCUUUGAGACUGCUAUUGUUAACUUCUUGAGACUUCAUUCUGAAAAGGGUGUAGCUGAGGGCACAGGUCGAAAAAAUGAGUUCCUUGGAAAGGUAAUACUGCCGCAAGACGCUAUUCAAGUACAACUUCAUCCAUUGAGACCAUUUUAUUCAGGGGAAGUUGUUGCUUGGCGGUCUCAAAAUGGAGAGAAACUGAAAUAUGGUACAGUUGUGGAGGAUGCGAGACCAUCAGCUGGGCAAGCACUUUACAGAUUCAAGGUGGAAAUUGCCCCAGGAGUGAUUGAACCUCUUCUUUCUUCACAAGUUUUCUCAUUCAAAGGUGUAUCAAUUGGCAAUGAUACUUCCUCAUCAACAAUGCUGGAAGACAACCACACUGUUUCAGAAAGCAGGAUGCUGGCUGAGAAGCCAGAAGGUUCUGGAAGAAGUAAAUCAAAAGAUGUUCAGUCAAAUACGGAGCACCAGUAUGGCCAAGUUUCAGCUGCAGAGCUGGUGCAAGCAGUUCAUGAAAUGCUUUCUGCUGCUGGGAUAAAUAUGGAUGUGGAGAAGCAGUCUCUAUUGCAAACGACAUUAUCCCUUCAAGAACAACUGAAGGUGUCCCAGGCAGCAUUGUUGCUUGAGCAGGAGAAAUCUGACGCGGCCGCUAGAGAAGCAGAGACAGCUAAAGCAGCAUGGCUGUGCCGGGUCUGCUUGAGCAAUGAAGUCGAUAACACCAUGGUUCCAUGCGGUCAUGUACUCUGUCGGAGGUGUUCAUCUGCUGUUUCCAGGUGUCCAUUCUGUCGUCUACAAGUCUCAAAAACUCUCAGAAUAUUUCGGCCUUGAUUGGUUCGGCUUCUUCACAUCUAUCAGCUAAUUCAGGUUUGCUUCAUGAUCCUUUUUUAUGCCCAAGUGUAUAUACAUCCGAUUGUUAGUGUGAUUGGGUGAAAAGAUUAGUGGACCGAACCAAAAUAUUAUAAAUGCUCUCUUUACCAUUGAAGAGAGGGUGCCUUAUUUUUAUUUGGGGGGGCUCAUGUAUAAUGGAUAACAUAAGAUUUUUUAUUUUAUUUUUUGUACAGAACAGUCUUUAGUGUGUAAUCUUGUACAGUGGAUAUUUAUGAGAUGUAACGGCCUCACCCAGUAGAGAAAUUUUUUAGAGUUUCAUAUUUUACUCAGUU